GGAUAAACAGUAUCAGUGUCCUCAUUGUUCAUCAAUGUUCGCAUACUUAACUAAUCUAAAUAAUCACAUCCGCACUCACACUGGCGAAAAGCCAUACCAGUGUAAAGUCUGUGACAAAGCGUUCAGAUCACAAAGCAAUCUGGCAACACAUUUGACAAUUCACAAUAAGGACCAACACCACCAGUGUCCUUAUUGUUCAUCAAGGUUCGCACAGUUAUCUACUCUAAAGAGACAUAUCCGCUCUCACACUGGCGAAAAGCCAUACCAGUGUAAAAUCUGUGACAAAGCCUUUAGCCAAUCAAGCCAUCUGACAAUGCACUCGAAAAUUCACAAUAAGGACCAACAGCAUCAGUGUCCUCAUUGUUCAUCAAUGUUCGCACACUCAUCUAAUCUAAAGAAUCACAUCCGCACUCACACUGGCCAGGAUCUGGCUGUACUUAAGGUAGAUGGGCCAUGA